CUGUGAUAUCAGGUUGAUGCUAGAAUGAAAAAGGAAGGGAUCAAACUACUUGAGAGAUGCCUCGUGCUGGGACUUCGUCACCCUCCGGGGAUUUGCUAGGAAGAGACAUCAACUCCGGUCCGAGUCUCAUAGUGUCUCAUAAUCCGAGACUCGGAACUGAUCUGGCGGCCUUCGUGGUGUUGCCGCAGAAGCAAGCAGAGGAAGCCAUCAUGGGGCGCAGCAGCAUCACACAGGACGAGCUAGAGCAGGAAGCAGACGGCGUGGAGGAGGACAGGGAGAAGGCCCGCGGGUUCAGCACGAAGAGCAUCCUCUGGCACGGCGGCUCCGCCUGGGACGCCUGGUUCAGCUGCGCCUCCAAUCAAGUGGCCCAGGUUCUGCUGACGCUGCCCUACUCGUUCUCGCAGCUGGGAAUGGUGUCGGGGGUGAUCCUGCAAUUGUUCUACGGAUUCAUGGGUGGAUGGACGGCGUACCUGAUCAGCGUCCUCUACGUCGAGUACCGCACUCGCAAGGAGAAGGAGAACGCGUGCUUCAGAAAUCACGUCAUCCAGUGGUUCGAGGUGCUUGAUGGACUGCUGGGACCGUACUGGAAAGCCAUCGGUCUCGCCUUCAACUGCACCUUCCUCCUCUUCGGCUCCGUCAUUCAGCUCAUAGCCUGUGCCAGCAACGUAUACUACAUCGACGACCGGCUUGACAAGAGGACAUGGACGUACGUGUUCGGCGCCUGCUGCGCCACCACGGUGUUCAUUCCCUCGUUCCACAACUACAGGAUAUGGUCCUUCCUCGGCCUCGGCAUGACCACCUACACCGCCUGGUACCUCACCAUAGCCGCCGUCGUCCACGGCCAGGUGGAAGGCGUGACGCACACGGGUCCAACACAGCUCGUGCUUUACUUCACCGGCGCCACCAACAUUCUCUACACCUUCGGGGGCCACGCCGUCACCGUGGAGAUCAUGCAUGCCAUGUGGAAACCACGGAAGUUCAAGUACAUCUACUUUCUAGCUACAUUGUACGUGUUCACUCUGACGCUACCGUCGGCGGCCGCCGUGUACUGGGCCUUUGGCGACCAGCUUCUGACCCACUCCAAUGCGUUCUCGCUGCUGCCCAAGUCAGGGUGGAGGGACGCGGCGGUGAUUCUCAUGUUGAUCCACCAGUUCAUCACCUUCGGCUUCGCCUGCACCCCGCUCUACUUCGUGUGGGAGAAGGUGAUCGGAAUGCACGACACCGAGAGCAUCUGUAUGCGCUCCCUCGCCCGGCUUCCGGUCGUUAUCCCCAUCUGGUUCCUGGCCAUUAUAUUCCCAUUCUUUGGGCCCAUAAACUCCGCGGUGGGGGCUCUCCUCGUCAGCUUCACCGUCUAUAUCAUCCCCGCCAUGGCACACAUGCUCACCUAUCGCACCCCAUCGGCACGGCAGAACGCUGUGGAGAAGCUGCCAUUCUUUCUACCCAGCUGGACGGCGAUGUACGUGGUGAACGCCUUCGUGGUGGGGUGGGUGAUUGUGGUGGGCUUCGGUCUCGGCGGCUGGGCCAGCGUGAUCAACUUCGUCAAGCAGGUCGACACCUUCGGUCUCUUCGCCAAGUGCUACCAGUGCCCCAAACCGCAUCCUCAUCCUCCCGCUGCCUCUGGCCCGCCACCGCAGCUCCACUGACUCACAAAUCCGUCGAUUCCUGUUUUUGCUCGUCUCCUCCUCUUCUGUCACCUGUAACAUACAAAGAGAGGGCAAGGUUCCCCCAUCCAUGUUGGAAGCUCCACCUCCUGCGCUCUCGGUUCUCAAGUUCCUUUUCC